CUAAAUGUCGUUUUUAUGGCGCUGGAAAUAAUUUAUCGGCAAUAUUGUAUCAGAUGCCGAAGGUCGCCGUUCACCAUAUCAGUUUUUGCCUCCUGUCCGACUAUGAAGAACCAAAUCCGGAUAACAGUCGUCGGUGAUGGCGACACGGGGAAAACCUGCAUGUUGAUCGUUUACAAAGACCGCAAAUUCGACGAGCGCUACAUCCCCACCGUCUUCGACGUUUACUCAAUGACCAUAACAAUAGACCGCAAGGAGUACACCAUGAUCCUGCAGGACACAGCCGGUCAGGAAGAAUUCGACAAGCUCCGGCAACUGGCCUACAAAGAAACGGACGUAUUCAUCUUGUGUUACGCAGUAAACGACGCCAAUUCCUGGGAUAACGUGAAGGAAAAAUGGGCGCCGGAAAUACGAAGAUGUUGUCCCAGAGCGAAAUUGAUAUUAGCUGCGACGAAAUGCGAUCUUGAGAAUGAGAGAAUACUGGACAAGAAAAGUGGCCAGAAACUGGCUAAACUCAUCAAAGCUGACGAUUUUAUUGAGAAUUCCGCAAAGCUGCGAUGGAAUGUCGACGAGACAAUUUGUUUAGCACUCACGGUUUUUGUAAAUGCGCAGAAGACCAACAAAAGGGAAAAUACAAGCACUUGUGCGCUACUCUAACGUGUGAUAAAAUGCCAUUUUUAUUAAAAACUGUGAUAUUAUCCGGAAAAAUAUUUAUUCCUGUCGUCGUUGACUUUUAUGUGUCCUUAGAUGUCUUUACAACCCAACUGCAAUAAAAUUCCACUAAAGCUUAA